CGCCUGCUCCCUCGCCUCGGCCGGGCGCGCGGAUGCGGCGGGUUCCGCUCCCGGCGGGCCGAGGGGUUGCGCGCACACGAGCGAGCCGCCGUGACGUGCUCUGCCGUGCUACGCCAGACAUCACGGGGCUCCGUGGAGUGGCAGCCCGGCUGUUCUCAGCCGCAUCGCCUGGCGAGGGUGGCGCGGCGAUCGCGGGUCGUGCAGCCGGCCACAAAGACGACCCGCGGCGGACGACGAUCCCGUUGGCAAGAGUCGCCGCUUCCGCUUCGCUGCUUCUCCGGCCACCGGCGACGCGGGCCCGUGGCUUCCUCCUCAUCGGCCCCGCUUACCCCGCCGGCCCCGGGGCUGCAGCUCUCCUGAAGCCGUAACGAGGCCCCGGGCCGCGCGCCCGCCGCCCCAUGUGAAGCAGGUUGGGCCUGGUCCCCGGCCCGCGCCCGGUUUCUGCUGCGGCCCUUCGGGCCUCGGGGGCCCAGGGAGGCGCCGCUCCUGGGGGGCGCGGUGACAGGCCGUGCGGGGGCGGAGGGGCCAGCUCGGUGGCCUCCUCUCGGCCCUCGGCUCCGCGAUCCCCGCCCAGCGGCCGGCAAUAAAGAAUGUUGAUGAGAGAACCAUUUUCCUUUUGCCCAAAUUAUUGAGCUGGUUGUCAUAAUGGAUGAUCAGCAAGCUUUGAAUUCAAUCAUGCAAGAUUUGGCUGUCCUCCAUAAGGCCAGUCGGCCAGCAUUAUCUCUACAGGAAACCAGAAAAGCAAAACCUUCAUCACCAAAAAAACAGAAUGAUGUCCGAGUCAAAUUUGAACAUAGAGGAGAAAAAAGAAUCCUGCAGGUUACCAGACCAGUUAAACUAGAAGAUCUGAGGUCUAAGUCUAAAGUUGCCUUUGGACAGUCUAUGGAUCUGCACUAUACCAACAAUGAGUUGGUAAUUCCGUUAACUACUCAAGAUGACUUAGACAAAGCUGUGGAACUGCUGGACCGGAGUAUUCAUAUGAAGAGUCUCAAGAUAUUACUUGUAACAAAUGGAAAUACACAGGUUACUAAUUUAGAACCAUCACCGUCAUCAGAAGAUUUGAAUAAUACACAACUUGGUGCAGAGAGGAAAAAGCGUCUAUCUGUAGUAGGCCCCACCAAUAGAGAUAGAAGUUCCCCUCCCCCAGGAUACAUUCCAGAUGAACUGCACGAGAUUGCCCGGAAUGGGUCAUUCACUAGCAUCAACAGUGAAGGAGAGUUCAUUCCAGAGAGCAUGGACCAAAUGCUGGAUCCAUUGUCCUUAAGCAGCCCUGAAAAUUCUGGCUCAGGAAGCUGUCCAUCACUUGAUAGCCCUUUGGAUGGAGAAAACUAUCCCAAAUCACGGAUGCCUAGGGCACAGAGCUACCCAGAUAAUCAUCAGGAGUUUUCAGACUAUGAUAACCCUAUCUUUGAGAAGUUUGGGAAAGGAGGAACAUAUCCAAGAAGGUAUCAUGUUUCAUAUCAUCAUCAAGAGUAUAAUGAUGGUCGUAAGACGUUUCCAAGAGCUAGAAGGACCCAGGGCACCAGCUUCCGGUCUCCUGUGAGCUUCAGUCCCACGGAUCACUCCUUAAGCACUAGCAGUGGAAGCAGUGUCUUUACCCCAGACUAUGAAGACAGCCGACUAAGAAGAAGGGGAAGUGACAUGGACAACCCUACUCUGACGGUCACAGACGUCAGCCCACCCAGCCGCUCACCUCGAGCUCCAACGAACUGGAGAUUGGGCAAACUGCUUGGCCAAGGAGCUUUUGGUAGGGUCUACCUCUGUUAUGAUGUUGAUACCGGAAGAGAACUGGCUGUUAAACAAGUUCAGUUUAACCCUGACAGCCCGGAGACCAGCAAGGAAGUAAAUGCACUUGAGUGUGAAAUUCAGUUGUUGAAAAACUUGCUACACGAGCGAAUUGUUCAGUAUUACGGCUGCUUGAGGGAUCCCCAAGAGAAAACACUCUCCAUCUUUAUGGAGUAUAUGCCAGGGGGUUCAAUUAAGGACCAACUAAAAGCAUAUGGAGCCCUUACUGAGAACGUGACUAGGAAAUACACUCGUCAGAUUCUGGAGGGGGUCCAUUAUUUGCACAGUAAUAUGAUUGUCCAUAGAGAUAUCAAAGGAGCAAAUAUCUUAAGGGAUUCCACAGGCAAUAUCAAAUUAGGAGACUUUGGGGCUAGCAAACGGCUUCAGACCAUCUGUCUCUCAGGCACAGGAAUGAAGUCUGUCACAGGCACACCAUACUGGAUGAGUCCUGAGGUCAUUAGCGGAGAAGGCUAUGGCAGAAAAGCAGAUAUCUGGAGUGUAGCAUGUACUGUGGUAGAAAUGCUAACUGAAAAGCCACCUUGGGCUGAAUUUGAAGCAAUGGCUGCCAUCUUUAAGAUUGCCACUCAGCCAACAAACCCGAAGCUGCCACCUCAUGUCUCAGACUAUACUCGAGACUUCCUGAAACGGAUUUUUGUAGAGGCCAAAUUGCGACCAUCAGCUGAGGAGCUCUUGCGGCACAUGUUCGUGCAUUAUCACUAGCAGCCGCGGCUUCUCUACCUCCACCAGCUCCAUCCUCAAGUUCACCUUCUCUCUUACUGCACUUUCCUUUUUAUAAAAAACGAGAGAUGGGGAGACAAAGACAAGAGGGAAAAGAUUUCUCUUGAUUCUUGGUUAAAUUUGUUUAAUAAUAGUAAGCUAAAUUUUUUAUAUUUAAUCUUUUUUUUCUUUACAAGAACUUGAAACUUCUUUUUUUUUUAAAAUUUUUAUAAUGUACUGAUGUGGUUCAGAGAUAUAAAGCACUUUAGUACAUAGUUGCUCUUUUUAGUACAAACAAAUCAUUUGGAAUAUAUAAAGAUUGUAGUCUUGCCCUGUAUCACCGACAUGGAAGACAAAGAAAAAGUGAUGUACAAUUUGUAGUUUUUAGUGAUAGUAUUUAAAUAGAUCCUUAUUUGUGGGGUGGAACCCUAAACUUGAGUUUAGGGUAGGUACUCAACUUAAAGAAUAUAGGUUCCUUCUUAUAUCUGUAUUCUUUAGAUCCUAACCUCUGUCUAUCAAGCUUUUUUGCUCAGUAGGAAUCUUGAUUAGGAGAUGCGAAUCUCUAAGAGGUAUGUUUAUUAAUCCUAAGCAGUAUAAUAGGCAAAUACAUUAUAGUGGAUCCAUGUUACUGGAAUCUGUAAGCCUUGAGAGACAGCUUUCUGCUUAAAAUACUGUUGUAUUUGAAAGCAGAUUAUGUGAAGCCAACGAGUAAAUUCAACUAAAACACAGACGACUGCUCAUUAGAUGUAUGAGCAGUAGAAUAGACCACAUUUGCCAGUCAGUAGAAAUAAUGGAAAAAAGAACCAAGUGUCAUUUAGUAUAUUUUAAACAUUAUUUACUUGAUGGGAAAGUCCCAAAAUGAAGGGAACUAAGAAAUAAUAAAAAUUGUAUAUAUAGUAUCUUCCUAUUUCAAGCCCCUGGUUUCCUAUAGGUAACUGUCUUUAGCUCAGAUACCCAUUUGUUAAAGUUCCUGUCAUGAACUAAAAUCUUUGUUCUGGGAUCACAGAGUACUAAGCCAGAGGGGCCUCAGAAGAACAAACAUCAGGUAUAACUGAGAUUAGUGGUGGGGAGUCAUGCCACUUCACCUGACAUUGGCAGUGCCUGGAGACACUUUGUUGCCAUAACUGACAAGGUACUACGAGCAUCUAGUGGGUAGGGUUGGGGUGCUGCUAAGUAGACUAGUACACAAGGACUCUUCCCAGGCAGAAGUGCCUAGAAUGAAACCCAGUUAUAACUGAAAGCAGCCAUUCACAAAGCAGUAAACACAGAUCUCAGAGGGAAGAUGCCAGGCCAUGAGGGUCCUGAGAGAUGAUGAUUAGUCAGGGUUGCACAGCUCAAUACAGCAGGCAACAGUCGGUCCUUUGACAGCUGCUGGUUGUGCUUGAAUCACUAACUCUUUAGAAAUAAUAAAUUUGAGUAUUGAACCAUUUGAAUUUUGCAUCUCUGUAUAUUCUUUCCUUAAAAGUCAGUUCAUCCUUCUUGGCCCAGAAAAGUAUACCAAAACAGAGUGUUUGCUAGCAGUGGGAAGGUUAAAACACUGCCAGAUAGUUCAGUGUAAGCAUCUACUUAGAGCCAUGUCAUUAAGUGGAAAGACUCAGCUGGGGAAGACCCUGCUGCCUCUAGAAGUAUGAGACUUGAAAAACAUGAAGGUGUCAGUAAUUUGGCCACUUGAAAGUUCUCAGCAUAUUAAACCAUGUGCUAAGUAGUUUAUUUUUAAAAACCUAGACAAUAACAGUCUUCCAGGAGACCCUGAAUGGGAUGCUUUUCAUCAGAAGGGACUAAAGAGUCUGAUUUAAUUGUUGUUGUUAUUACAAGGUAUGUUUAUUUAGAUUUCUUUAAGUACUUGGCUUCUGAAGUUACGUAGAUCUGGCUUUAAUGUAUCAAGAUCCUAUCCAGCAUACCCUGUAAUAAUUUUUGAAAUUCCAAUAGUCUAAGAGUCAACGCACAAAAUGUUAGUUAACACUUCUCCUGUACACUGUCAAGCAAAGGAAGCCCCUUACAAAGAACAAGCAUUAGGUGCCUCCCACCUCAGCAAAUCUCUAAUCUUAUGCUGGAAACUUAAGGUGUUCGUGUGUUCUAAUUUCUUUAUCUUUUAUGAGUGAGGGCAUCUUUUCUACUUGAGCAAAAUUAUGGUACCUGGAUUGCUGGGGUUUUAUUUUGUUUGUUUGUUUUGUUGUUUGUCUCUAGUCUGGUUGUGAUUUCCCUUUGGCUCAUAUUUGGUCCAUCAGGGUAACGUGCAGUACAGAAGAGAGACAAACACUCUUCCAAAAGAUACUUGCACACUGGAACUCAAAGCAGUCAUUAGCUUUUUAACAGUCUCCUAUUUCUUUUCUAAAUUCAGUAGUAAAUAGCUACAUCAGAAUACUUUGGCUUUAUAAGAAAAAUAAAAUUAUAAAGACUUAAAAAGAGACUAAUAGUUUACAGAGUUAUUAUAUUGAAUAUGAUGUGAAUUUAUUUCAGACCAGUUGUGAAGGUACCAAAAACACAAUAAAAGUUUAUAUACAUACAUAUAUAUAUACAUAC